GAAGCGACUGGAUUUGUUUAUGUCGGCUUUUGUGCUUUUAUAAUUUUUUUAUCGUUAACAUUCUUCGCUUUCUCGUCCGUACUUUUUCUGUUCCACAGUCAACAGUCAAUAAAGUUUGUACCUUGAAGUAGUUUAUUUGUGUCGAUUUUAAUGCAGAUUUCUGUGUCAGUCUUUUGCCGCUCUUGGAUAGCAAUCUCCGUAACGGGAAGGAAACUUGAUCAACAAAAAAGUGGAAUGUUAUUGCGGAAUUCCAUUGAUACCGUCUUAACACUGCAACAGCGAAGAUAUGCACAUGGAUUUUCAGUUAAUGGGAAUUUACCGAUGGUGAUAAGUGAUUAAUCGUCUUCUGUGUUCCCCUUGCACCAUGCUCCACGAUGAUCUCGAGGAGCCGGACGUGUGGAGUCCCAAGACGUCCUGGAUUCUGCCCAGUUUGCACCGGAGUUCGCGGCGCUUAUUAUCAGAUGUGGGACGCGCGGCGCGCUAUGCAUCGGGCAGUUUGCGCGGUGGAGCGGAAGAUCCGCGCAGAUUUCUCCAGCGCUCCGCCAGUCUGGAUGGUUUGCACUCCGCCGCAUGGCGACGUCUCUCCGCCGAGGAUCACAUCGAGCCCAUCACGGAGUCGCAGGAAGCUGAGCUGGAGGCCAAGUUCUCCUUCCUGGCCAUGAGCCGCAACGAGAAACUGACGCUGUUGUGUUUGGCGGUGGUAGAUAUGUUCUCCUAUCUCUGCAUGAGUAUUAUGUCACCCUUCUUUCCCAUCAAAGUUGCUGCGGUUGGUGCCAGCCAAACAAUAUCCGGUGCUGUAUUUGCGGUAUACGCGUUGACCGUUUUCCUUGCAUCGCCGGUUUUUGCCAAACUUAUUCCUGUUUUGGGUGCGAAAUUUACGUUUAUCGCGGGCGUAUUUCUAGCUAGCGGAUGCAAUUUUCUUUUCGGAUUUUUGGAGUAUGUUGACGAUCCUUUCACGUUCACGGUGUUAGCAUUUGCCAUCCGAAUUGUAGAAGGAGUGGGUGCAGCGGGUUUCUGCACGGCGAGUUUCAGUAUUUUGGCAUACGAGUUCAGCGGGAAUGUGGCGGUGGUUUUCGGAACUUUGGAAUCGUUUGUCGGAAUCGGCAUGACGGCUGGACCAGCUUUAGGAGGAUUUCUCUAUUCGUGUGGAGGGUUCAAACUGCCAUUUUUCAUUGUUGGGUCCAUCAUGUUUCUCACCGUUCCACUAAACAUGUGGUUGUUACCUACUCAAGAACAUGUUGUGUGCAAGCCCAAAAAGGGAUCACGGAUGAAAUUUUUCAAGAAUCCUUCCGUCUAUGUCGUGUGUUUAACCAUACUAAUUAUGUCCAGUGUUUGGGGAUUUUUGGACCCUACACUUGAGCCGCACUUGGAACAGUUUAAUCUGAGUUCUGCGAUGGUUGGACUGGUAUUUCUACUCAUAUCAGCAUCUUACGCGAUAUUUUCACCACUUUGGGGAUGGAUCGCCGAGAAAGUGGAGAAUACUGACGUAAUGAUGGUGCUCGGACUAAUCAUCGCGGGAGUAACUCUGCUGUUUUUGGGACCGUCCAGAUUUCUGCAGUUUUUAGAAAAUUAUCUUUGGGUUAAUUUGGUGUGCUUGAGCGUCCUGGGCGCUGCUAUCUCCAUGGCGCUGAUUCCGACUUUCGAAACCCUUCUUUGCAUUGCAGAAGAGUCCGGCAUGGAAGAAAAUAUGGGAACUUAUGCAGUCGUUUCCGGUGUGUGGGGUUCUGCAUAUUCACUCGGGGAAGUCGUGGGACCGGCCCUCGGUGGCUACUUGGACGAUCUCUACGGCUUUGAAAUGUGCUCAACAGUAAUGGCGUCCUGCUGUCUGGGCGUGGCCGUCCUGUAUGUAGGCUACAAACUGGGCGACUGGGUGUUCCGUGUGAUUGAGCGGAAGCGCCUGCGUGCCGAGACACACCGGUCGGCGUUGGCCAGUUGGCGCGUACCCAGACACGGACACGCCACCGCUUGCGGACGGAAUAAUUUCCAUUAUCGGCCGUUUGUCGAGGAGGACGGUGGUGUGGCGCCCACGCCAGAGCUGCCUCCCUCCAAAUUCGAAGAAGACGAGAAUGGGGAGGAGUUUGUACGUGUGAUUCCGGUGGACUUGGAGCACGAUAUUCCCAGUAUUGCGGUAUCGGUGUGAUUGGGCCAGUGCGAUUGAAUCAUUACUCUUCUUUUUGUGAUAGACGAGUCUUUUUUUGUUUAUUUCGGAUCUUUAUUUAUUGUUUCUGGUGUUUUGUUGUGUUUUGCCUUGCGGUUGCGAAAUGAUCUUUUCUGUGAUCAAGAACUUUUUGACCAGAAUAAUUUUCUGGAAAUUUUUUAAACUGAGUUAAUUUGAUAGAAUUAUGGUCGCGUUUCGUAUUAAGUAAAGUGUAAUAAAUAAAAUACUGCUGAUGCGCGAAAA